AUGAAGCACAGGUUUUGUGGCAUAACGUUUACUGUGCUUGUACUUCUGCCAUUUGUCUUGGGGCACGGGCGGUUGAUGGAUCCACCCUCGAGGUCGUCUAUGUGGAGACUGGGCUACAAAACACCACCUAAUUACAACGAUAACGCUCUCAACUGUGGCGGGUUUUCUAAUGAAUGGUAUGUACUGCACGGGAAAUGUGGCGUCUGCGGAGAUGUGUGGCAAGACCCGACGCCAAGAAAUAACGAAGCAGGAGGACUGUACGGCAAAGGAAUCAUAACGAAAACCUACACCACUGGCCAAGACAUUCAAAUUUCAGUCCAGAUCACAGCCAAUCACGGCGGUUGGUUUGAGUUCCGGUUAUGCGCAAACAACAAUCCAACGAAGGUCAUUACGCAGUCGUGUUUAGACCAGCACCUGCUGCAGCUAGAAGGAGGCGGUACCAGACACCACCUGAUUGGCACCGAGGGUGACGUCAUCGUGACGGCGAAAUUACCUCCCGGCCUGACGUGUUCUCAGUGUGUCCUACAGUGGAAAUGGAAUGCCGGUAAUAGCUAUGGCAUUGAUCCUGAUGGAAAAGGUUGCAUCGGAUGUGGACACCAAGAAGAGUUUUACGGCUGCUCUGACAUUGCGAUUGGGACUGCAACCUUUCCACUUCGACCAACUGCAGCUGUGCCACUGACAACAAAACAACCACAGCCGACUCCGGUAGUCACUAGAAUCCCACCAACUGUAAUACCGCCUGUAGUUGUAACAACAAGACGCCAACGUCCACCGCAGACUUCGGCACCAGUCUACACAAACCCACCCAAUCCCCGUCCAACAAGACAGAUAAUCACAGGUGGUUGUCAUGGCAUCAAUCUGUGGCAAGGUGACGCUGUGUUAGACCAGUGGUGUAGUGUCAACUGCGCUAAGGGACUCUGUCCUCCGAUGUACUGUACCUGCUCUGGUUCGCCAUCAAGGCCAUAUCUGCAUCAGCUUUCUACACGGACAUCUUACCCACAGGCUGUAUUUAAAGCGACAACCCCAAAUCCCGUAGUUCCCCAGACUCGAGGCACUCCUCCUCCAGUUGUCCACACUGCGGCUACUCGUAGCUACUCGCCUAUCCAGACAACUCAUGUACUACAGACGCAGACGCCAAAUGUAAAUCAACAUCCUACAGGUUCGAUAGCCAAGACAAGUAACUGUCACGGAGUCCAUCUUUGGAAUGGGGUUGCGGUUCUGGAUGUGUGGUGCAGCACGAACUGCGCCCAAGGACUCUGUCCUCCGCUUUACUGUGACUGCUCCGGGUCAGCACCUGCAUUCAACUCACCUACGACGAAAUACCCGAUGCCUGUCUUCAGAGCAACCACCAUGAAAUCUAUUCCGUCCCAGCCUCCUAGGCGUUCAUUCUCUAUUGGUCCAGUGACUUCGCAAACGAGCAGACCGCCUUACAAACAGCCGACCCCAUUUCUGUUUGUAACAAAAGCCAUUACGCAAUCGCAGACGACAUUAUCCGGAAGUACACAACCUGGACCUUGUCGUGCCAUCAAUAAUUUGCAAGGAAUUCCUAAAUAUGAUAAAUUUUGCAACGACGUCUGUAACGGAAACAGCGGCAGCACAUGCCCUCCGUUGUUAUGUGAAUGUCAUUGACGUUCUCAUUUAUAAACGAAAAUAAAUAAUAAUAAAACGUG